AUGGACUGCUUCGGCAUGAAAGACAUACUAAAGAAAGGUGAAAGUGGACAAGUCAUAGCAGCAAGUCGACGAGGUUUAACUAGACGGUUAUUGUGUUUGGAUAUUCAAAUUGAUAACUCUGUUUCUAUGCUAAACCAAGACGCAAUAAGCUUAUUCCUGAAGGAUUGUGAUUCACUAUAG